AUGGCGCCCGUACAGGCGACUAACCUGUUCGAACUGAUCUCCAUAGACUAUCUACAUCUGGAAAAAUCUAAGGGAGGUUGUGAAUACAUCCUGGUUAUCGUGGACCACUACACCCGAUAUACCCAAGCUUAUGCCAUGAAGAACAAGUCGUCCAGGACCGCGGCAGUCAAGCUGUUUAACGAAUACAUUCCACGAUUUGGCUUUCUGCGACGACUCCAUCACGACCAGGGUCAGGAAUUCGAGAAUGACUUGUUCAAGCAAUUGGAAAAGAAGUUUGGAAUCAAUCAUGCCCAGAACACUCCAUAUCACCCGGCUGGGAAUGGUAAAGUGGAAAGAUUCAAUUGGACGAUCCUUGGAAUGCUCCGUGCACUGACCCAGCAACAGAAGAAAGACUGGAGGAGUCAUCUGAACCAUAUGGUUCAUGCCUACAAUUGCUGUCAGCUUGAAUCCACUGAGCGUGAAGGGACGCCAGAGAUAGAGUGUGAUCCAAGGUUGGAUCCUGAGCAUGCACCGUUUGUACACCAGGGGAGUGAAGACACUGGAGUGCAGAUCAACACAGAGUUAGGGGGAGAACGAUUAGUGGAGAUACCUCCAGACUCCACAGUAAAAGACAACAUGGCCAGCAGUGAUAGUGGCGACACAACCACAGACCCUCGACCAGGAAGGAUCAGAAGAGCACCUAGGACCCUAGAAUACGACCGAUUGGGAAACCUUUCAUCUAUCAGGUUACGGGGACAUUUGGCCAACCAGUUGUCCGAGUGUUGUACAGAGACGUUGCAGGUGUCUUCUGGUGGUUAG